AUGGACCCAGCCAUUGUCGGAAGUCCUCAAUUUGGUUUUCUCUUCAAGACGCUGCUUCCGGGCACGUUCCUCGUCAACAACCAGAAUGUGCCGGAGCAGAUCUUCUCCCAACCACUUGUCUACACCGGAAGUGAUGGCGUCCAGUACGUCUACAUAGCGACGACGCAGAACAACAUCUACAAAAUGAAUGCAAAGACUGGAGCCAUCGUAGCCUCGCGCAAUCUGCAUCGACCUUUCCUUGUCUCGGAUCUCGAUGGCUGCACCGACAUCAAUCCUACUAUUGGAGUGACAGCGACAGGCGUCAUUGAUCCCUCCACGGACACCUGGUAUCUCACAGCCAAGACGUAUCUCGACCAGAGCGCGAGCGGUGCACGUGGCAAACCCAAUGGCCGCUACUACUUCCACGCUAUUAGUACCACCGACUUGACUGAACGACCAAACUUUCCAGUCGAUCUGGAGGGCUCGGCUGCUCGGAAUAACCCCAGUCGCGGCUUCGGAGCUGGAAUACAUCAUCAGCGUCCAGGACUAUUGCAGCAUGGCCAGUACAUCUAUGCUGGAUUUGCAAGUCACUGCGCUCAGUACAAUUUUACUGGCUGGAUCUUCGGAUGGGAUAAGUCUUCCGGCAAGAUCGUGGAACAGUUCACUACCGAAGGUGCCGGCGUUGGUCCGACUGUUCCAGGAGGUGGUGUGUGGAUGUCUGGCGGAGGCUUAACGAGCGACGACAAGGGCAGCAUGUUUUUCGCCACAGGCAACGGUUACGCCUCGCAACUCAGCAACAUCCCUGUCAAUGGUCGAAAUCCACCACCCGCUCUCGAAGAAGCAGCAGUUCACAUGGCAAUCAACGAUGACGGCUCUCUUCGCGUCAUUGACUUCUUCAUGCCUUGGGAGAAGCCACAACUAGACGGCGCCGACAAAGAUCUUGGAACGACACCCCUCGAAAUGCUGCCAAGUCAAUUUCAAUGCGGCAACGUCAAGCGGAUGGGCGUCGUCACUGGCAAGAGCGGCAAGACAUACUGGCUCGAUCUCGACAAUCUAGGAGGCUACCAGAAUGGGCCAAACAAGCUGGACAAUGUCAUUCAGGUCACUCAGAACGAGAACUCGGUCUACGCCGGUGCUGGUGUCUAUCCCAUGGAAGGCGGCUACAUCUAUAUCAAUGUCAUCCAAUACCCAACUCAUGUCUACAAGUUCUCGUGCAACAAUGGAGUGGCCUCGUUCAAUUGGGUCGCCGAUUCACCAGAAAAGAACGCUUAUGUGCUGGGUGUUGGCCACGGUACUACCACUUCACUCGAUGGACAGCCAGGUACUGGUCUUCUAUGGACCAGCGACGUCGAAGGAGCGAAUUUACGAAUCUAUGACGCCGUGCCAAGUGGCGGCAAGCUCAACCUUCGCAACUCUUUCGUCACGCCAGGCACCACAAAGUUCUCCCGCCCGGUCUUUGGCGAUGGCAUCGUCUAUCAGGGCACGAAUCAGGGCUACAUUUACGCCUAUGGCUCACCUGUCAACCUGCCGGUCAAUUGCAGUUCUCUUCAGUUUGCAUCAACCAACUUGAACCAGACAUCAGCUCCUCAAGCUGUACAAUGCCUUGCCAACACUGCUAUGACCAUCAACGCGGCCAGCAUCGCUGGCAACCCGAACUUCGUCCUCAGCGGCUUGCCGACCCUCCCAUAUCAACUCACUCAGGGACAGGUACUCUCCUUCCAAGCAGUUUUUGCACCAAAGUCUGUCGGACCUCUGUCCUCCGCUGUCGUGCUCAACACAACUCAACAAACCCAAGGCUACUCGACUAGCACACAAGUCUUGCUUCGUGGCACCGGACAGAGCCAGGCAGCUCUGCUGCAAAUUGCACCGAACACUAUCAGCUUCAAUUCUUACAUCACUGGCCAGGAUAUCGCAGGUGUCAAUCAGUCCUUUACCAUCAGUAACGUCGGCAAUAGCACUCUUCAAAUCUCGUCCAUCCUCUUCUCGACGUCAUCAGCGGCUGGACCUUGGGUUGCACCGAACGGGACUGCGAAUGCGAAGACCGUGUCUGCCUUCACCUUCUACAGUCUGCCCAGUUCCAUUCUCGCCAACCAAGGCGUAUCAGUUCCAGUCAACUUCAAUCCUUCUCAGAGUGGCAGCUACGUCGUGUUCGUACAGAUCAAUUCGAACGGAGGUUCGACAGUGCUCAAUGCUGUUGCAUCCGGGUCGGAUCAGCCGAAAGCUCUCAUCGAGUUCGAGACUCCGAUGGGCACCUGGGUUCCAUACAGUAAUGGUACCACAUUCUCCUUCGGAAAUGUCACAGAGAAUACGAGUCGAAAUCUGCGGCUUCGAAUCUCCAAUAAAGGAACGGCCAACGCUGCACCCAUCUCGCUGACAGUUAGUAAGCCGCCGUUUGGUAUACCAGGAAGCAUCAUCGGCGCCAACAACCAGGUUGACCUUGCGGAAGGCAGCCUCAUUUCUGCUGGACAAAACGCCACAGCGACUCUGUACUGUUCACCACCAAAGAGUCAAUUCAACGUCAAUGCAUACACAGGCAACGCGACCUGGACGAUCAAUCUCAAUGAUCCCACCUUUGGCAAGCAGCAGCUCAAGUUCGCCUGCAAUGCUGUCUCCGAACAAGUCGGGCCUCUGAAUCCAGGCACACAGCAGGCGACAUACCGCUACGCUGGCUGCUUCAAGGAGAACGAUCCUGGCCGACAGCUGCAGACUCAGAUCUACUCGUCCGAUACUGCCAACAACAACAGCGCCUGCAUCAGCCAGUGUGCUGCAAGUGGCUACAUCUUUGCUGCCACCCAAUACCGAGCUCAAUGUUGGUGUGGCUACAACCGACCCAAGACUCUCGUCACGGACGACAACUGCAACUUCCCGUGCACCGGAGACAGCAAUCAGAUCUGCGGCGGAAAUGGUGUCAAUGGCGGCGGCGCAUUUCUGUCGACUUUCGGCGACAUCGCUCGCUGGAACGGCAACUCGACUGACACUCCUGGUCCUUACAUCAACCCUGGAGCGCUUGGUUUCCAGAGUCUUGGUUGCUACACAGAAGGCUCAGGUGUACGUGCGCUCACUGUGCAGCCAAACUCCAACAACACGAUUCUAGGGUGUCUUAGCGCCUGCGUUGGCUACAAGUACUCUGGUGUUGAAUAUGGUGGUCAGUGCUUCUGUGGCAACAGUCUUGGAGCAGGAUCGGUGAGCGCAUCAGCAUCGGAUUGCAGCAUGACGUGCAACAACAACCAGACCGAGUACUGCGGUGGUCCAAGCCGCCUCAACAUGUAUGCAUCUGGUUCUCUUCCAAGCUCCAGCUCAUCAGCGAACCCUUCAUCGACUGGGUCGACAUUGACGUCAAACUUUGCCUCGACCGCCACCUCAAUCUCAUCAUCGCAGACUACUACCACGACUGUUGCUAUUCCGGGCACGCCCACACCUGUACCCAGUGCUCUGAGUUUCCGCUACGUCGACUGCUACUCCGAAGGAUCUGGCACGCGAGCACUUGCAGACAAAGCGACCGCCUCUUCUUCCAUGACUGCUGAGAUCUGUGCCUCUUUCUGUACCGGAUACCAGUACAUGGCGACGGAGUAUAGUUCCGAAUGCUAUUGCGGCAACACCCUACUGGGAGGAUCAGCCGUUGUCACUGACGGUCGCUGUUCAAUGACCUGCUCAGGCAAUUCUGGAACGAUCUGUGGUGGUCCGAACGGCCUCUCGCUGUACCAAUUCGCGCCGCCUAGCUCCAGCAGUACAACUUCAUCGCUGGCUGGGACGACUUCAGUCAUCUCGACCUCAGUCACAUCUCGGGUCAGCACUGUCAACGCCACAUCUUCAAUGACCAUCAUGACUUCACACUUCCCUGUCUACUACCACGUCAGCCACUGCUACAUCAUCGAGCUCACCAUCCUCCCCGAACGUUCCUUCGUCAGUAGGAACAUCAUCUCGAAGCGCAACCCCUACGCCCUCGUCGAGCUCAGCGACCUUACUUGCAACUACUCUCAGCACACAGACCACUCGGGCAUCCACCACACUCACAACCACUGCCACCACCACCACCGCUACCUCACCAACCUCAACUCCACCAUCCCCCUACCUUCCCCUCGGCUGCUACGCCGAGCCCUCAACCGGCGGACGCUUCUCCCUUCAGGCAUGACAUCUUCCUCCACCAUGAACGCCACCGUCUGCGCCACCUUCUGCAAUUCGAAGAACCUCCCCCUCUUCGGCCUCGAGUACUCGCGCGAAUGCUACUGCGGUUCUUCCCUUCCUUCCACAUCUACACCUCUGUCCACCAACGCCUCCUCAGCCGCCGCCGGUUGCAAUAUGGCUUGUUCUGGAUCUGCCUCGCAGAUCUGCGGCGGCAGUGGGAAAGUGAGUGUGUACAAUAACACACUCGUCGUGCCGCCGCGGCUGAAGGCUACGGUUGGUCCGGAUGGGUGGGGGUAUAAGGGAUGCUUUGUGGAUUCUGGACCGCGGACGCUGGGUGGGGCGAGUUUCGUGAAUGCUACGAGCAUGACUCAGGAGUUGUGUGUGGCUGGGUGUAAGAGUCGGGGCUUCAAAAUGGCGGGUGUGGAGUAUGCGCAGGAGUGCUACUGUGCGGAUGCGUUGAAAGAUGGUGUGCAGGUGGCGGGGAUGGGAGAUUGCGAGGGGAUGUUGUGCAAGGGCGAUGCGAGUGAGUAUUGUGGUGCGGGCGGGAGGAUCGCCGUCUGGGGAGCUUGA